AUGCCCAGCAUCUUAACGGAUCCUGAAAAAGAGAUCGUCAAAUCAAUAAUACCGAAGCCCAGUAAUAAAAUACUCGCGGUCGGCCUUAUCCGUCUUUAUGUUGCCUACCCUGACCCCAAAAAAUGGACAUACACUGGGCUUGAGGGUGCGCUGGUACUGUUGAACGACUUGCUUCCUCCCCAUGCGAUAUGGCUCCGGCUUGUUGACAUUGCUCCGGCAACACGCGGCGUUAUUUGGGAAAUGCAGGUCCCUGAAGAAUGGCGAUACAGUGCCACCAAACCAUUGCUGCACACUUUCGAGAUGGACGGAGUAGUCUAUGGGUGCUCAUUCUCUGACGAGAAAGAGGCAAAAUGGUUUCUCAAGAAAAUGGACGGCCGGGAAGAUUCGGCGUCCAAGAAGACCAAGUUAACUCCAUUUAGUUACACAUGGGACUUGAAGUUCGAGACUCUCGAUGCAUUUGACCCAAAAUGGCAGGAGAAUAUUGGAGAUGCCCUACGUGAGAAGGGCCUUGACGAUAUGUUUAUAUACAAGAACCAGGAGUUUAUAGUGGACUUUUUGAAGGAGGAGCAAUCCAAGGCCCGUUCUUAG